AGAAUACCCCGCCUGGCAUCUCCGCAGGACUGCGGGGUGCGGCGCGGGUCAGUGCCGUGACCACCGCCGAAUCCACUGUCUGUGGGGAAGAUGACCGUCUGACGAUGUGGGCUUUCAGCGCUGCGGGCAAAUAAAUAAGCUGCUCCUCUUCCUGGUCUGGAAUAGCAACUCCCGCUCUUGUUUCACUCCUAGCUCGUCUGCAACACUCCCCACUCCCCCACCCACCAUGACAGUCACAGAUCAAGUCCACGUUCUCAUCGUCGGCGCUGGCUUCGCUGGCCUCACCGCUGCUAUCGAGUGCAAGCGCCACGGACACCAGGUCACCCUUCUCGAGUCGUUUCCCGAGGUGAAGGCUCUUGGUGACAUCAUCUCAUUUGGCGCUAACGCCGGUCGCAUCUUCAAGCGCUGGCCGGGCGUUGAGGAGCAAUUCGACAAGAUCUGCAUUCAAAGCAAAGGUUUGCUGUUCAAGAACUACCUCGGCGAGGAUCUCAUUUACCAAGACUGGGACAAGGAGCCGUACUAUGGCAAGAACUUCAACGGCCAUCGCGGUGAGAUGCACGAGAUUAUCUACCGCCAUGCUAUUGAGGUCGGAGUCGACAUCAAGCUCGGCCACCGUGUCACAGAUUACUUCGAGACCGACACCGAGGCUGGUGUUGUCGCCAACGGCGAGAGAUUUAGCGCCGAUGUUGUCCUUGCCGCUGAUGGUGUCCGAUCAAAGGGUCGCCAGAUUGUUCUUGGAUACGACGACAAGCCCAAGUCUUCCGGAUAUGCUAUUUUCCGCACCUGGUUCCCCGCUGGUGAGCUCGCUACAAACCCGUUGACAAAGUUCAUGUGCGAGAACGGUGACUACCACUGCGGCUGGCUUGGUCCCGAUAUUCAUUUCCUCGCUGCUACCACCAAGGGAGGAAAGGAUUUCAGCUGGGUCUGCACGCACAAGGACGAGGCCGACAUUGAGGAGAGCUGGUCGACCCCUGGAAAACUUGAGGAUGCGCGGAAGGUGCUUGAGGGAUGGGAGCCUGCUGUUCAGGCUAUCAUUGAUGCUACGCCGCCAGACAGCUUGGUUGACUGGAAGCUUGUCUACCGUGAUCCGCUGCCGACCUGGGUCUCACCAAAGGCUCGCAUUGCUUUGAUUGGCGACGCCGCUCACCCUUUCCUUCCAACUUCGAUCCAGGGAGCUAGUCAGGCUAUGGAGGAUGGUGCUACCAUUGCCGUCACUCUUGAGCUUGCUGGAAAACAGAAGGCUCCCGAGGCCAUUCGUGCAUUCGAGGCCAUCAGAUACGGACGCGUUCGUGCUGCUCAGUUGACUGGUGAGUCUACCAGAGAGAAGUGGCACAAGGCUGACUUCGACAAUCUGAAAAACACGCCCGAGAAGAUCAAACUUCCUCGUGAGGAGUGGCUGCUAGGACAUGAUGCUGAGAAGCAUGCUUACGAGGUGUACAAUGAGACUAUCGCUGCCUUGGAAGCAAAGGCAUAAAGGAAACUGGUGUUUAUAUUUGGUUGUUCAUAAGAAAGGGUUUUUUUCAUUGUUGUCUUUAUUAUAUAAUACAUAUUCUCCAUACUAUACAAUAAAAUAAUAUAA